AUGGCUGACGUAGUACAAAAAAGAACAAAGAGGCUGCGUUUGUAUGAUUAUGUAUACAAUGACCUUGACUGGGCACCACCACACCCACACCUUGUUAUACACUGUGAAGAGACACAAUUAAACAGGAUCAUGAUUAAAGAGCUGGCAAUCCUAUUAUACAUGGUGUUGUCUAUAUCAUGUACGGUGUUACAUCAGCCUAUACAUAUACUUCGUGUCCUGAAUUAUGAACACACUCCCAAUUAUAACUUCGCUUAUGAAGUCAACGACGCGCAUACGGGAGACGUGAAAAGUCAGGACGAAUUACGUCGAGGGGACACUGUACUUGGACAAUAUUCUCUAAUACAACCUGAUGGACUUAGAAGAACUGUUGAUUAUAGAACUGACGAUCAUACAGGAUUUCAAGCGACUGUCAACAAUGAUGGACGACCCAUCGAUCAACCAAUAUCAGAUAUAAACGACAACAUGUCUGAAAACAAAAUUGAUGUUCAAAUCAUUCAUCCACUCCCUACUCCAACCAUCGCUACUACUACUCAAGCACCAGCAGCUGUGUCAAGAAUAUCCUUAGUACAAUCCCUUCCCAAUAUCCAUAUAACUGAUCCUUGGAUAUAAUUUCUUGAAGAUAAAACGUAUAUCGAUAAUGUAAGAUAAUAAGGCGACGAAAAUGGACACCG